CGUUAUCUUGUUAAUUCUAACAUGUCGCUGUCUUCAGUGUUUAACCUUCAAACCACCACAAGCUGCAACAAGUCGUCUUCGUCUUCGUCCUCGAAGAAAGAGAGGAAGUCAGGUGAUAAUGUUUUGGUCUCAGUCCCAACUCCCAAUAUUUAUCCCUACCAAACGCAGGCUCUUGCUACAAUUGUCAUCAAAGGGAAACUUUAUCUGUUUGGGAACAAGACUGUGGCAUACAACCCCAAGGAAAACAGAUGGGAUGCGGUAGGAGAGACGCGUCUUACGAUUUUGGGAUGGGAGAUGGUUGAAGAUAUGAAUUUGAAAUCUUAUUGUGUGAUAGAUGAAGUAACCUACUGUUACAGAACU